AGCGAGCGUGUCUCUUUUGUCCUUUACCGCCUUGUGCCCCACCAGCCCUAAUCGCGAAAUCCCCCCGUAGUACAAAAAUUUUAAUAAUUCUAUCCGCGCCGAAUUUUCGAGUCUUUCCUUUCUUUUUACUCGGGAAACCCUCUCCCCCAGAACGAACAACCAAUAGUUCUGUGACAAUCCCGUCAUUAUCGUCAAAAUGCCUAUUGCCAACGGAGAUUCCAACACCAAUGGUGCUACUGUCAAUCGCCACGUCGACACACUGGACUGGCGCAAGGCCGUCGACGUCCUUCAGGAGUACGACGCACGUGAUGGUCUAGAUAUCCAUUCCCUCCUCGACAACAAGCACCACGGUGCUUUGACUUACAAUGACUUCCUGGUCCUACCCGGGUACAUUGGUUUCGCCGCCAACGAAGUGACCCUUGACUCUCCAGUGACCAAGCGCAUUUCUCUGAAGACUCCUCUCCUUUCCUCGCCCAUGGACACCGUGACCGAAGAGAACAUGGCCAUUCACAUGGCUCUCCUAGGUGGUCUGGGUGUCCUUCACAACAACUGUUCGGCCGAUGAUCAGGCAGACAUGGUUCGAAAAGUCAAGAGAUACGAGAACGGCUUCAUUUCCGAGCCCGUGGUUCUCUCGCCCAAAACCACUGUCGGCGAGGCGAAAGAACUGAGAGACCGAUGGGGAUUUGGAGGAUUUCCAGUCACUGAAACCGGCAAGCUAAGGUCCAAGUUGGUCGGCAUCAUCACCACUCGAGACAUCCAGUUCCACCCCCGUCCCGAUGACCCAGUCACGGAAGUCAUGUCCAAAGACUUGAUCACUGCACCUGCUGGAACCACCCUCCAAGAAGCCAACGCGGUCCUACGUGACUCGCGAAAGGGCAAACUGCCCAUUGUCGAUGAUAACGGUAACCUAAUCUCCCUUCUAUCGCGGUCCGAUCUCCUCAAGAACCUCAACUUCCCACUCGCCUCCAAGAUGCCUCAAUCGAAACAACUCAUUGCCGCUGCGGCGAUUGGCACAAGACCCGAUGACAAGAUCAGACUCCAGAAACUGGUCAACGCGGGCCUAGACAUUGUCAUUCUCGACAGCAGUCAGGGCAACAGCAUGUACAUGAUUGACAUGGUCAAGUACACCAAGGAAAAAUAUCCACAGGUCGACGUCAUCGCUGGAAAUGUGGUGACCCGAGAACAAGCCGCGAGCCUCAUUGCUGCUGGUGCCGAUGGCCUGAGAAUUGGCAUGGGCAGCGGCAGUGCUUGCAUUACGCAGGAGGUUAUGGCUGUGGGACGUCCUCAAGCUGCCGCAGUCUUCUCAGUGGCAUCAUUCGCCGCCAGAUUCGGUGUGCCCUGCAUUGCUGAUGGUGGUAUCCAGAACAUUGGCCACAUCGUCAAGGGUUUGGCUAUGGGUGCUUCGACCGUCAUGAUGGGUGGUCUUUUGGCAGGCACAACCGAGUCUCCCGGAACCUCGUUUGUCAACCGCGAGGGCAAACUCGUCAAGGCUUACCGAGGCAUGGGCAGCAUCGAUGCCAUGGAGGACAAGAAAGCAGGUGGAGGUGCUAAGGACUCCAAGGCUCAGAAUGCCGGCACAGCCCGAUACUUCUCUGAGGGAGACAGACUUCUUGUGGCCCAGGGCGUGUCUGGAGCGGUCCUCGACCGAGGCUCCGUCACCAAGUUCGUUCCAUACCUUCUUGCUGGUCUGCAGCACUCUCUGCAGGACAUUGGCUGCAAGAGCCUCGUUGAGCUUCGCGAGGAAGUCAUCAACGGCACUGUCCGAUUCGAGCUUCGUACUGUCAGUGCCCAAGCCGAAGGAAAUGUGCACGGUCUGGACAGCUUUGACAAGAAACUCUAUGCUUGAGAACAGUGUCUACAUAAUUGCACUGCAUACUGGCGCAUUCGCAUUGAACAGAGUAGCUGAUACCAUUUAGUGGGUUGGGUUGGGCUUGCUUUAACAUGAAUGAUUGCAUGAAUUGAAUGAUAUUGAUCUUCACUUGGA